GCUGCUCACCUGCGUCCGUUACUGCGCCUGCGCCUUACUGUUCCCGUGCUAAGAGCAGAGCUGGACCUGAGGCAGUUGUUCUUCUGUCUUGAUUCUUACUCACAAGCUGAGACUUAGAGGUGUGAAAAAUGAGUGGACAUGUAAGAACAAGAUCCAAAUCUGAAGGAUCACAAGAUGACCGAGAGCCUUCCAGACCACUUGGACCUUUGGUUCAGCUCAUUGAUAAGCAACUUCAAGGAAAGGGGUCACCAACUGAGAGUCAGGAUAUUACACCUGAUCAGGAGAAAAAAGAUGAAAGAGUAGCUGUGGUUCAAGAUGAAGGGAAAGGGCCUAACCCAAAAAGUGAUCUCCAGGAACUGCCUCAGCCAAAGACUGGGGCUGAAGGCAGAGAUGAUCUUCAAGUUAAGGAGAAGAUUUUACCAAAUCUAGAGCCCGCUACGAUGCCAGAAGCAGGUGAAGGGCAACCGCAGGUUUAAACAAGGAGGAGCAGCAAAAAUGCAAACUUUUCUAAUGUUGCAUAUUUGACCUUUAAAAUGCUUUCAAUAAAGUUUUACAAAAU